AGUUAAAAAGAUCAGAGGAUUACAACUACUGGAAGAAAUGUUCACAUGAAUAUGUUAGUGUACAGGAAGAACAGACUGAAGUGGAGUCUAUCCAAAAGAUGCAGGCUCAAAUAUUACAAAAUUUGCAAGAUGACAUGAGGUUUCAGAAGAAAACAAUGAGGCAAAUGACAGACAGAAUCAUGGAGUUAGAUAGAACAUUACACUCCAGUAGAAUGUACUUGGAGAGUAUCUCUCAUAAACUUGACAAGAAUGAUGUAUUAGGAGUAUCCACAAAUAAAGGUGCACUGGUUCAUGUGGCAGCUAGACUUUCACCAUACCCAGGUACCAGUUUAACCAGGUUCCAGGUGCUAGAUAAGGAUGUCGCAUGGGAGAAAACAUGUUUAGUGUAUGACCCAAAAACAUAUACUAAACCAAUAGAUGCCUUUCCUGAUGAAGAGAGGGUUUAUGUGGAUGAAGACAUUUUAUUCAUUACAUUGCAACAACAAGAAAGAGAACUCUUAACAGAAGAAGAAAUAGCUGUAUUACCUUGUUUGCCAAUUAUCAAUAUGGUAUGGAACAAAGUAGUGACAAAGAAAGUUCAAGGAGUCAAAGGAAAGAGAAUGUUUGAUAGGAGGUCAUGGAUAAUGUUGGAUAAUGAAAUGUGUAGAUAUAAAAUUGAUCCACUUGGUCUUCCUCUAAAUCCAAUGGGUAGAACUGGCCUUAUAGGUAGAGGUGCACUGUGGCAAUGGGGACCGAAUCAUCAAAUUUUAGCUGUUUGUACAAGAUGGAGACGAGCAGACAGUGCAGAUGGCCAACCACCAGGAUUUUUGUAUGUUGAAGGAAAGAAAGUUAUGGAAUUCAUUGCAGUGAAAAAGGGUGAUGAUGGAGACGAAACUAGCUUUGGUUUACCAGGGGAAUAUCUUCAUGGUCUUGUAUCACGGUACAGCACUUUGAUCCAAGCCUUUAAAAGAGAUGUAUUAGAUGAACCUGAUAACCAGGGUAAAGCCAAUUUAGAUCAAGGGGAUUUAAUACAGUAUUUUUCCCAGUUUGCAGAACUCAAUCUUGGCAGCAUCACUAAUUUAGGACCUAAGAUCACAGGAACCUCUCUGACUCGUUCAGCUUCACAUCCCUGUCUGAGCAGUGCCGCACCUGCCACCAAUGUUCCAACUUUCACAACCAUGUCAAAAUCUAGUUCUAAAAAAACUGAUAUAGAUUCUACAGGAUUCAGUGCCUCCCAAGUAUAUAAAGGAUACAUUGAUGAUCCCAAAAACACAGAUAAUGCCUGGAUAGAAGCAGAAGUCUGGAAUUUCCAUUAUGAUGCCGGAGAUAUAUAUGAUAUAAAAUUACCAGAUGACUCCAACAAAGUCAUGUGGAAAGAGAUUUCACCAAAUGUCAGGAUAUAUGGAAAUGAAGGCGUCAUUGUCCAGGAAGCUGCCAAAAUUCAAGAUGCUUAUUUUUGAUUGUUAUGUAA